AUGCUCAAGCCGGGACCCAAGCCCGGAAGCAUCCGUAAAAGACGCUACCAUGGCCACCCUAUGCGUGACGACCGCACUGACAGAAGUCGGCUCAGACAAAGACGGACGGCGUUAACCGAAGAUGACACACAGAGCCAGGUCUCUGGGGUCACUCCUCCUCGGGCCGCUUCUGCCAGGGGAUCCCAUCAAUCGGACGAGGCGGUACAGCAGCAUUCGAUGAAUGUUUAUGACCUGAUCAGUCCUUCGUAUGAAGGUUCGUCUCCAAAGUCCAAGGGAACGGUAAUUGGUGCUACGCAUAUAGUGAAGGACAGGGAAGAUAUACUGGAGUCUGCCUGCUGCGAUCUUGGAGUUUCGUCAGAAUCGAUGAAAAGAAUGGUGGGCAAUUUCUUUCGCACUUUCACCCCGUAUGGUCUCUUCCGACAGUCGACUUUUGAUGUGAAGUUAGGCCAGAUCUCAUCCUCUCUCCAAAUGAAAGCGCUCCUUGCAGCCAUCUUUGUUUUCGGCUGCAAGGGCAGCGACGUCGACGCGCACGUCAAAGCUCUCCCUCGUCCUGAGCGACUCUCUGCAGCUCACUUUGGUGACCUGGCCAGCGACUAUAUCGACAAGGCUUUGGUAGAAUGCGGAGACGAUCCACCUUCACUGUGUUUACUCCAAGCAAUGAUCCUCAUGACCCACUGGCUGAUCGUGAAGGGCGUCCGUGGCCGGGCAUGGAGGUCUCUUGGGCUGUGCAUCCGGAUCGCAUUCGAGCUCGGGCUGGACUCUGUGGAUUCGGAUGUGGACCCAAUCAGUAGCCAUAUUGACCUCGAUCGAUGGUGCAAGGACGAGGAGCGGCGACGGGCAUUUUGGGCCCUCUAUGAGAUCGACACUUUUGCCACAGUCGUCAAGCAAGUCCCCCACGUCACCAACUGGACUCCCAAUAGAGUCUUGCUCCCGGCAGACGACGACAGGUGGUUUCAAGGCCAGCACCAGCAAAGUAGUUACCUGGACCAGGACUUUAUUCAGCGACCCAAGUCUCUCCAAGAGACAGGAACCGAAUCAGCACGAGCAUGGUACCUGGUGCUCAUUUCCUUGUUAGUAGAGGCGAACUCGAUCCAUCGUGCCUGCGGAAGGAAAGCCACAGUAUCUGAAGUUGACCCUGACACCACAACGAGUGUUCGCAACAAUCGUACGACAUUACUCAACUGCAUUCAGCUUUACCUCCUAGUCGUGCCAUCCACUCUAAAGUUCCAUGGGCAGAUAUUGGACUUUGGGGCACAGAAAUCUGACUCAAACUUGACCGCUUCGCAAAUUUACUGGCAGAGCUCCAUCUACAAUGUCGCAAUCCUCGCUGAAGUGGGCAGAUUACUCGCGCUCAGGCCAUUCAUCUUUGAAGGAUAUAUGCAAAGGCUCCUGGGGACGACAAUGACGGGAAGGAACGCGCUCUCAGCAGGAUCUAGUGACGGACCAGUCCCAACCUCAGGAUUGUCGGCCCAAGAACUUCAACAGUGUUUCCGUGCCUCGGACGCCAUGUUGAAUGUGAUGCUCAACUGCUCGGAGUUGCAUUACCAAUACCUGAAUCCGUGUAUUGCACAUGCCUCCUGGUUAGCCGCGAUAGUCAAACUGUUGCAACUGGAAUUGACUGGGAACGAAAGUGAGAGCAGGAUGAUUCGGUCACAAUUCGAGAUCUUGAAGGUUAUUAAUACCCGGUUCACCCAAUACUGGGACAUGUCUAGCAUGCCCACGCAAAAUCUCGACGGACUAGCCACGCAGUUGAAGCAAUUCACUCCCAUUCCCCAUGCUGUGGCUGAAGGAGAGAGACUCUCUGCCGGUCAACUCAAGUAUUCCACCCAAUCGAUAGGAGGGCAACCAGGAACUAGCAGUGACAACGCCUCCGUAUUGCAGGUCAGCGAUCCGCAGGGAUCAAAAAGCAGGUCCAUGUAUAAGGCCCCGUCAGGCCUUGACGCCGCGUGGGGAUCAAACCCCCCAUGGCCCGAAUAUUUUACUUUGCGCAAGGACCUAAACCACACCCACUACUCGGGGGUUCACAAUCAACGGCAACAACAUCGAGCCACCUCGAGCGCGUGCAAUACUCCUCUUGCUGAUACCAUCAUGCUGUUGCAGCCCGAUCGAUCAUUUUCGACGUUAUCUGACCUGGGUGAUCACGAGCUAUUCCGGUAUAGCCACAACCAAAUCCUUGCCGAUCCGACUAUUCUCAGCAACGAGUCGACAUUAUGGCUCGAGUCGACACCAACUCCAUUGGCUGGAUCCAACGUGCGAAGAGCGCUAUACGAAGUGAUGAGCAGCGGCGCUGACGCAGACUCCGGUGCGUACGGCCUGGCCGACUUCACCUACAACAACACCGAUGGGGAACUCCUGAAUUACCUCGAUGGUAUAUAUCCUGGCCCCUUUGUGGGCUAG